AUGGCUCCUUCCUCUGAGGCCGCUCAGCGGAUAGAGGAAGCUCGAGCUCUCGCAAAGACGGAUCCUAAGAAAGCUGAGGCUAUCUACAAAGAUACUCUUGCAAAAGGCCCUGGGUCCUCCGAAAAGUCGUCGCGUGAUUACGAAAAUGCGUUGAUCGGAUUGGGAGAGCUCUACCGGGACGAGAAGAAGCCGCAGGAGAUUGCAGACCUGAUCAAAACAAGUCGGGAUUCUUUUUCGUCGUUCGCCAAAGCAAAGACAGCGAAGCUAGUACGCCAGUUGCUCGACUUGUUUAGCGAGAUACCAAACACCCUUGAUAUUCAAAUUUCCGUCAUCCAAACCUGCAUCGAAUGGGCCGUGGCCGAACGCCGGUCCUUCCUUCGACAGAACCUCGAGACUCGGUUGGUGGCUAUAUACAUGCAGAAGCAGAGCUAUUACGACGCUCUUAACCUGAUCAACUCGCUUCUCCGGGAAUUGAAACGGCUCGAUGACAAGCUUAUGCUAGUUGAAGUGCAGUUGCUGGAGUCGCGGGUAUACCAUGCGCUUGGAAACCAAGCCAAGGCGCGUGCUGCUUUGACCGCUUCACGGACUUCGGCUGCUUCUGUCUACACACCUCCGAAUCUACAGGCUAGUCUGGAUAUGCAGAGUGGUAUGCUGCAUGCCGAGGACAAAGACUUCAACACCUCAUACUCCUACUUCAUUGAGGCUCUAGAAGGCUACAGCUCCCUGGACGAGGGAGAGAAGGCGACAGCGGCUCUCCAAUACAUGCUGCUUUGUAAGAUCAUGCUGAACUUGGUGGACGACGUGACGACUCUCCUAGGCUCCAAGCAAGCCCAGAAAUAUGCCAGUCCACGACUUGAGGCCAUGAAAGCAGUUGCGCGAGCUCAUGCCAACCGCUCGCUUGAAGAGUACGAGAAGGCGCUCUCGGAUUAUCGGUUCGAGCUAGGAAGCGAUGUGUUCAUCCGUAACCACCUUCGCCGACUCUACGACGCUAUGUUGGAACAAAACCUCAUCAAGGUCAUUGAGCCAUUCAGCCGCGUUGAAUUGGAUCAUGUUGCCAAAAUGGUGGGGUUGGACACACAGCAGGUGGAAAGAAAGCUUUCACAGAUGAUUCUGGACAAAGUUAUCAUUGGAGUGCUAGAUCAAGGCGCAGGAUGCUUGAUCGUAUAUGACGAAACUGAGCGCGACCAAGGAUACGACGCCGCACUGGACACCGUUGCGAAACUGAGUAAUGUCGUGGAGGAGCUGUACACUAACCAAGCAUCACAACUGGAGUAA